GAUUCGGCAAGUCCAGUUGUUUUGGACUGAAUGUCCUGAUUCAGAGAUUAGUCCGUUAUUAAUCUCUCUCCAGUUGUUAGGGUUUUUUUGAUUGGCGCUUCAUUUCAUUUCUGUAUUUAUGCGAGGUAGAUUUUGGAAUUAAAUUGUGCGUGUUCAAAUUCUCAACUUCCCCCUCUCUAUUCGGUUUUCAUUGUAAUCCGCUUUGAAAAUUCUGUCUUCUCUACGCACCGAAUUCAAGUCCUCGCUUCUCCUCGAAUUCAUAAUCUUUCUCUGUUACCGAGACCUGUGAGUGUGAAGUCCAGAGCCUGUUCCUCUCAGGUUAAAUCUAUGAGUCCAUCCAUUAAUUUUUUUAUUAUUUUUGUUUACGUUUUGUAGGAAUUUUUAAUUUUACGAAUUUAGUUAGUCAAGACUUUCCCUAGCUUGCGCGCUCGAUUCUUUACAUGUUACAAGAACUCAUGUUCCAGUUUUUCUCUUUUCUUGAAUUCAGUCUCCUUAUUGUCAUAUAAAGUUGGAAGUUGGAACUCUAAUCUCUUCUUGGUUCCUACGAAGAGCUAGCGUGAUCAGGUGAGGCUUUGGAUCGGAGUUUUUGUUGGUUUACAGAAACUGGAACUCCGUAGUAAUGCGUGAUCAAAGAGUUCUAUGUCUUUUUACACCGUAGUAGUGUUUGUCUUUUUACAUUAGUAUUUUAUUCAGUUUGAUCAAAGAAUUCUAUGUUGUCUCGUCUCUUUAGUUUUUCUUUUUUUAAAUAAGAGUUAAUUAUCCAUCAUUUGGUUUACGCUUAUAUUGCUAUCUACUGAUAACUUGGGUAAUUAUAAAAUUUCAAGCUAAUUAGUGAAAAUUGUUCAAUGUAUGCUUCAAUUUUUUUUAUACUGACUAUGAAGUUGCUCAUGAAACAGAGCAAAUAAAGUUAAAUCACUUAGUGAUUUUCUACUUAUGAGAUCUUAAGGCUUCCUUUCUUGUUAUUGGCAACAAAUUUUUGACAUUUGAUACUGUUCAAUAAUAGCUAUUUGUCAGCUUAGAAUGGAAUCAAUGGAAAUUGAUAAGGAAAGUAAUGGAAAAGCACCAAGGCUGAGGGAAAAUGGUUCCCAUCUAAAGCCUGUUGCACCUGAGGAGUCUGGUGAAGGUCUGCCUUAUGCUCCUGUGGAUUGGCCAAAACCUGGUGAUGUUUGGAGUUGGAGAGUAGGGAGACGAGUUGCCUUUACUGGACAUUUCUUGGAUAGGUACUUAUAUCUUCCACAUCGUCUUAAUCGUCCUGGAAGUAUACCUGGUAAGAAACGUGGAUUUGCAAGCAGGCUUUCAGUUGAACGGUAUAUCCGAUCAGCAUUCCCUGAUGCAAACAUUGAAUCUUUUUUUGCUUCAUUCAGCUGGAGAAUACCUUCCAAAGUGUUGCCAACAAAUGGUAAUUUAGAGGAGCAUGUCCUUCCAGCUUUUGAAGAAACAAUUGAAAAUUCGGAGUCAGAUUCACAGUCUGACGGUGUGGCUUGUAAGGCUGGAAAUAAGAGGUGCAACAGUCUCACAACAGAAGCAGAAAGUCAAUCUAAAGCUGCAAUGCCCUGUGAUAUUUGUUGCAGUGAACCUCGUUUCUGCCGAGAUUGUUGUUGUAUUUUGUGUUGCAAGACUGUAAAUUCAAAGUAUGGAGGUUACAGUUACAUCAAAUGUGAGGCAUUGGUCAGUGAGGGUUAUAUGUGUGGUCAUGUUGCUCAUGUUGACUGUGCUUUCCGGACUUACAUGGCUGGGACAGUUGGAGGAAGCAUUGGCCUAGAUGUUGAGUACUAUUGCCGUCGUUGUGAUGCACGGACAGAUCUGAUUCCACAUGUUAUGAGGCUUUUGCAAACUUGUGAAUCAAUUGAUUCUUGUGAAGAAGUAGAAAAAGUAUUAACUGUUGGUAUUUGCAUUUUACGUGGGUCCCAGAAAAUCAACGCAAAAGGGUUGCUGAACAGAAUAGAAUCAGUCAUUUCUAAGCUUAAAUGCGGGACCAGUCUUGAGGAUGUGUGGAAAGUUGAAGAGGAUGUCUCAGUUAUUUGCACAGGUGCCUCUCCUGAUACAAAGGUGGAAAUUACUGAUCAGCAAGACCAUUUAGACACUAAGUCGCCUGAUAUUUUGUCUAUAUCUUCUGAUUAUCAAGCCGAAACUCUAAAACUGGAGGAUGAGAUUGAUCAGGCCCUCUAUCAACUACGGAAGUCUCAGGCAUCUGAAUACAAAAUUGCAGAGGAACGACUUUAUGCUCAAAAGAAAUAUCUUCAGAACCUCUAUCAGCAACUUGAAAGAGAGAAGUUAGAAAUGACACGCCGCAGAUCGGGUACCAAGACAGAUGCCUCACUGAGCACCGUCUUGAACAGGGUGGAUCAGAUAAAGCAGGAAAUGGCAAAACUCAAGGAUAUGAGACAAGUGGCCAAGGGAUUUGGAAGGACUUCCAAAAGUAUCCUCAAGGAACAUUUUGGAGUGGACACAGAAGAAUAAAUUCUAACGUUUACUUAAAUGUUUCAAGAUUUCCAACUGUAUUGUGUCCAUGCUUGACACUUGAUCUGGUACAGUUGAUUAGAUCUGGUGUCGGAGGGUGCAACAGAUUCAGCUGUUGUCGAAGUCGCUCACGUGAGAACUUAUUGCGGAAUUGUCCAUGGCACAUUUGCGUGAAGCUGCUAGGAGUUGUGUUGGUGCAGGCUUAACAUCUGCAUUGCUACGUUUUCGAUUAGCACAAGGAAUUCAAUUUUGGUAGAGUGACUUAAAAUCUUGCCCACUAUCUUUUUCAUUUUUUUUUAGAUGACAACUCUGUUAGAAGGUUUACUUUAAUUGUAAAAUUUUGCAGUUCAAUUUUUCUUUAAUCUUCAUCAAGAUUUGUGAUAUCAUUAGAUACCCAUGUGACUUCUGAUCGUAUGAACUUUUAUAGCUUGAAGCCUUUAAGGUA